AUGGCGCCAAUCUCCAAGGAGACAGACUUCCUCGUCAUCGGCGGCGGCAGUGGUGGCCUCGGCGCCGCUCGCGCUGCUAGUGGCCGCUACGGCGCCAGGGCCAUGAUCAUUGAGGGUAAACGGUUGGGAGGUACCUGUGUCAACGUGGGCUGCGUCCCCAAGAAGGUUACCUUCAAUGCCGCCGCCAUCGCCGAGACCAUCCAUCACUCCAAAGCCUACGGCUUCAAUGUCCAGGAGACUGCUCCUUUUGACUGGGCCACGUUCAAGGCCAAGCGUGACGCCUACGUCAAGCGUCUGAACGGCAUCUACGAGCGCAACCUCGCCAACGAUAAGGUCGAAUAUGUCCACGGCUGGGCCAAGCUAAUCUCGCCCAACCAGGUCGAAGUGACGCUGGAGGACGGCAGCAAGACUGUCGUCAGCGCGAAGAAGAUUCUGAUCGCCGUCGGCGGCUACCCGAGCCCGCCGCCGGCCAUCCCGGGCGCCGAGUACGGCACCAACAGCGACGGCUUCUUCGACAUCGACAAGCUGCCCAAGAAGGUCGCACUCGUUGGCGCCGGCUACAUCGCGGUCGAGUUCGCGGGCAUGUUUAAUGCGCUGGGCGUCGAGACACACCUCUUCAUCCGGCACGACCACUUCCUGCGCGCCUUCGACCCCAUGAUCCAGGAGGGCGUGACCAAGGAGUACGAGCGGCUGGGCGUCAAGCUGCACAAGCGCAGCGCGCUGACCCGCGUUGACAAGGACGCGACUACCGGCCAGCUAACCAUCCACUACAAGGAGGGCGACGGCGAGGGCGUCAUCGGCGACGUCGACCAUCUCAUUUGGGCGAUUGGUCGUAAGCCGGCAACGCAGGGCCUCGGUCUUGAGGCUGCCGGUGUCAAGACAGACGAGAAGGGCUACAUCGUGGUGGAUGAGUACCAGAAUACGAGCGUCGAGAACAUCUAUGCGCUGGGCGACGUGACCGGUCGGGUUGAGCUCACACCCGUGGCCAUCGCCGCCGGUCGCAAGCUUGCUGCGCGCCUGUAUGGCCCCGAGCAGUUCCGUACUGCUAAGCUAGACUACGAGAAUGUUCCCUCUGUCGUUUUUGCACACCCGGAGGUCGGCGCCAUCGGCCUUACCGAGCCGCAGGCGAUUGAGAAGUAUGGCAAGGAGAACGUCAAGGUGUACAAGAGCAACUUCAUCGCCAUGUACUACGCCAUGAUGGAGCCCGAGCAGAAGGCGCCUACCAGCUACAAGCUUGUCUGUGUUGGGCCGGAGGAGCGCGUGGUUGGUCUGCACAUUAUGGGCUUGGGCAGUGCUGAGAUCCUGCAGGGCUUUGGCGUCGCGAUCAAGAUGGGCGCGACGAAGGCGGACUUUGAUAACUGCGUUGCCAUUCACCCGACCAGCGCUGAGGAGUUGGUGACGAUGCGGUAA